AUGGCACGGAGUAUGUUUCUCUUAAGCGGCUCUUCGUGGCAUGGACAUUCGUCCUCCGUGACCAAGUCUGGUAUAAUCCUAGUCAAACGACUCCUUGGAUGCGCAUAUUGUCUACCCCAUUGCAAGAUCCCAGCCUGCGAUAGUGACGCCUACGAGCUAUAUCCCAUAUUCCGCCGGGUCUACAAGGGGAGUGGUAGUCCAGACCAGACGUGGGAGUCUUCGCUAGAGAAAUAUAUUGCUGAUUUUGUGGAAACGCAUCUCGCGGGAAAUACCGGCAUGCUGAAUGUCAAAACGAUCGACGGCAAGAUUAUCGAGGUGCAUCUGCGUUUCUCACCUCAGUGGUCGAACCUAUACGGAUCUUGGUUCACGUCUUCUCUUGUGGACCUUUAUUGCGGGAAGGGAUGGACAGCUCCGUUGGCAUCCAUGUCAGCACCAGUGGGUAUAGUGUUCCACUUUGGGACGUUGAGAAAUAUGCUAAGACCGGUACGACUCUUCAAUGUUGAAAGCAUCACGAUGCAUACUCCAAGGCCUUCGGGUGGCUUUAGGAUUGCCUGGGUCAAUGGGUAUGAUCUUGCGAGGUGCAAGUUAGCCAGGAGUGCAUUGCAGGCAUAUCUCCAUCAAUUGGAUGAUGCAGAACAUGGAUAUAUUAGGCCUAUUAGGCCCGCUUCUAGCUAA